AGUACUCGACGCGCGCUCCGACCGCACGCGCACGACGUGAUGAGACCGACGCGAUCAUGACUGACGAAUUGGAAAAGUCUUCGACGGAAAACGUCACAGUGGUGACGGGGAACUUCCCGACAGUGUCUAGCUUGAAAUCCGAGGACUCGACCGAGCAGCUGAUAUGCAAGACGCCGCAGAAGUUGCCGAAGAAGAAAAGUUGUAAAAGUGUCAGUUCGAAGAGUGUGGAGGCGGGUAGUGAUGAGGACGGGCCACGGCGGGUGGUUGUGUUCCUGGGGCUGGCGCAGGUGGUGCUGGGUGCACUGCUGGUGGGUGCGGGCGCCUUGGCCGUGGUCAAGGGAGCCUCGCUGUCGAGGGUCGGGGCGGGACUUUGGGCGGGAUGCGUAGCAGUAGUGGCAGGGGUUGUCGGCGUGUUGGCCGGGAUUAAUGAUUGUUAUGGAUUGAAUAAUACCUCUGGCAGCGGUCUGCUGACAGCGUUCCUGGCGUUGUCGUUGCUCUGCCUGGCGUGCGGCAACAGCGCCGCCGUCCUGGCCGCCACUGGCCUCCAGCGUGACUCGCUGAGGCAGCCCGAGCCUCUCACUAGCUUUGAGGAUGAAAUGCAAGCUUGGACCCCAGUGCUGGCUAAUAUUGCGCUUUUGAUCAUCGCCUCAGUCCACUGUCUGGUCUGCAUCGUAUCCAUCUACCACCUCUCUAAGAGGAUUUGUCCUUGCUUCCGCCCUAAGCAGGCCUUCAACCAUAACCAGUUUGAUCCAGCUUUCAAGCCAGUUCAGCCUUGCGUUUUUCACGUUGAUGAGAUCAAGAAGGCCCAAGAAGUGGAGAAGAUAAGGGGACAUGAGCUUUGUAAGGACUUAGAGGCUAAGUUGCAAGGAGGGGAGACGAUGAAGAAGAAAAAGAUUAAGGAGCCAGAAUAUGGCAGUGCCAAUAGUAAGGAGAAACUGGUGACAAAAUGGCUGGGUAGGCAUCACGCGGUGACCACGAUCCCUCUCCCGCCAAGGAGCAAGGGUGUCAGGAAGGCGAGGAAACCACCGCCAGGUCCUAUGAUGCUGGUGCCGGCACAUCCAGCGAGCACGCUGGGACGUGUUCCAGUGAGCAUGGUCGUCCCACCGCGGUACGCCACGCUGCCGCUACCGCCUGCUCACUAUCCGCCCCUGUACUACCCCAUACCGGAUACGCGGGUACGGAGACGUCGCUCGCCCCGUCCUGUCCGGUCGGAGCGCAGACGCAGAACUCGGCGGGAGGAUGCCCAACUAACGAGGUCUCUGGAACGCAUCCACCGUAAGAGACGCACGGACAGAGAGCAACCAUCUGUUGACGAUCUGAAGAGGACGUACACAGGGCUGGACAGAGCAUACGCAGAGCAGUUCAUAGCGGUUUGUGACGAGAGCAGACACGCGGCCGAGCAACACGACUCGCUGGCCAGCAGCGCCACUGACUCCUCCAACUCGCAGCACUCACAACAUUCGCAGUAACAGUAAAAUAUUUAUACGUAUAAUCCAACCCUGUUACUAACGGCCAGUUUCAAUAUCAUAUCUGUCUAUUUUUUGACGAAAACUAAUUGUGUCAAAAAUCUUAUAGCUAGUGAACGAAACCACAGAUUAUUAAAACCGGUCGUAAGAAGUAAAGACUUGAUAAAAAGGGUAUAACAAAACAUGGUAGGAUAAGUAACGGAAUAAUGAAUUUCUAAAUUGCUUAGCGUAAUGAGACUUCUAGAAACGACAAUAUAAAUUAAUGAAAAUCUAUCAAC